AAGGGGAGUAACCGGCGCCCCCGGGGCUCUUGCUUCGCUCUAGGGAGACGCUUCCUCGGAGGGCGAGGGCAGCUGCAGCGCUCCUGCCAGAGGGGGAUGUUCAGUGUUGAAAUGACCCUUCUUCAUAAUGGUCCCUUUCCAGAUGCACCUCCUCCCCUUUCACGGCUAACUGCUUACCAGGACGUUUAUUCAGGCGGAAGCGUGCAGGUUUGGUCCGAUUACCUCAAAGUGCACUUGCACCCCAAGAGCGUCUUUGUGAUUCAUCAGUACAACCACGAUGGGGAUUCUGGUCGUCUAGAAGCCUUUGGACAAGGUGAAAGUCUGGUGCAGGAUCCUGUAUGUCUAGAGGAGUUGGAAGAUCGGCUGCACUUUUUUGUGGAAGAAUGUGAUUACUUACAGGGAUUUCAAGUCCUGUGUGACCUACACAAUGGAUUUUCUGGAGUUGGUGCCAAGGUGACAGAACUGCUCCAUGACGAGUAUUGUGGAAGGGGAAUCCUGACCUGGGGGUUGACUCCAGUCAUGCAUAAAACAGGACAGCCUGAAAAGGACUUUUACAGACUGAUGAACACAGCCCUAGGAAUCGUCCAUCUCUCCAGUCAGAGCUCGCUAUUUUGCCCACUGUCACUCAGUGGGAGUCUAGGAAUCAAGUCAGAACCUCCCAUUACAUUUCCCUAUAUAAACUAUGACGCAUCACUUAACUACCACAGCAGUGCAAUCCUGGCAGCAGUACUCGAUACUCUUACUGUUCCUUAUCGACUCUCUACCUCGCAGUGUUCUAUGAUGCACCUUGCUGAAAUGCUUAACUUCUCUGGGCGGAAGGUUGUGGCUGCAUUGGCUGCUGUACCCUUUCCUAUCGUACAUGGCCACUCGCUCCCGGAUACUUUAGGCACCCACCAGCAGAACGUGCCCUGGAAGCUUCUGUCUUCAUACGGAGAGCAAAAGGUCAGCCGCUGUUUCGCUCAGUCUGUUGUGCUAAGAGGAAUUUGCAAAGAAAAUUGUAACAGCAACUGUCCAGGAAAGCAGCCUGCUUCUGCACUCCAUGCUUGUGAGACAGCCGAGCAGAUUCUGCAGCAUUACUUACACACGUUGUCUCCUGGGGCAUUCAGCACAUCUCACGUGCUUAAGCAGCCAUGUCAUACCUUACCUCCGUAUCCCCAGUUUUUUUCCUCUCUUCUCACCAGAGAAGGCUUCCUUUUGGAUAGACCUCUCAGUUAUUCCUCAACAGCUGUCGAAAGCAUUCCUGUACUGACCGCACUGCAGUCCUCACCUGUUCUGCACACAGUCCUCUACAGUUUAUACAGGGAUCUACAGAAGUUGGAUACGCGGCGAUGGGCUAGCUUUUUCUCCACAGGAGUCGAACAGGAUGACUUUAAAGAAGCCCUGCAUGAACUAAGAACUCUAGCACAGUGCUAUAAAACAAGUUUUGAAGCAGAUGAAUCUGAAGAUGAAACAGAUUCAGACUAACUCAUCUUUAUUACUGGAGAGAGUGGAAGGAGUAAGGCUUUUAAGAUCACUUUUGAAAUAAAUGGAAUGGCUUUAAAGCUUG